GGUGUAUUUCCCUUCUUGCAGGAAAAAGAAAAUGCUUUCACGGUGCAGGAAGACGCAAUUGAUACCGUGCUUCAGUAGCAUAGAGAUCGUGAUGUGUUUGUGGGUUGUGUGUGCCGUUUUAACUUUGGUCGCAUCUCAGCAGAAAUUUUACAUUCAGGGCCGAUACGGUAAAAGGCAGGAGCCACGCGCAGAUGCUUUCUACGUAUCGGGAGGCAGGUACGGUCGCAACGAAAACUCGCAGGAAACGAGCAAAUCGUUGCCGAAAUUGGUGGAAGUGGAGGUACCGAGGAUAGAUCGAUUCUUUUGGAAUGGUAGAUACGGAAAGCACUCGCCACCGGAUUAUCGGUCAGUUUCGUCGGUGAAUCGAUUCAGCGCCGUGCUCAACUUCAUGGAUCAAGUUGAUCUCGAUCGAGAGAACGACGCCAGCAACCGGAACGAGCUCGAGCUUCUACCUUAG